AUGGUUCGCAUUUCCAACUUUGUGCUCCCGCUUCCGUUGUUCGCUCUUAUCCACGGUUUUCCCGGAAGCUUCUUCCGCAACCUGCCUCGUGCAGAUCUCCCAGCAGCCUUUUUCCUCGCCGGCGACAGCACGACUGCCCCGAGUGGUGGAUGGGGUGAUGGAUUCCUCACCACAACCCUAGCCAAUGGAGCGUGGGGUACAAACUUUGCCAAGAGCGGAGCCACUACUGUGAGCUUUCGCAACGGGGGCUACUGGGAUUCGACCAUUGAAGCCGUGAAGAACGUCACAGCGAAUGGAGACUACACCGCCUGGGUCACCAUCCAGUUUGGCCACAACGAUCAGAAAGCAAGCGCCAAUAUUACCACCGAGGAGUUCGCCACAAACCUCGGAGUAUUUGUUGACGAGGUCCUUGAAGCGGGCGGCAACCCUAUUCUAGUCUCCUCACUGACCCGUCGGGCUUUCGAGAAUGGAACAGUCAUCGAAAAUCUCGCAGAGGUGGCGGCCGCAGCUCUCGAAGUUGCCGAGGAGAAGGGUGUGCUUUCAAUUGAUCUCAACAGAGCUUCAACGGACUACUGCAACGAGAUUGGAGAAGAUGACUCCCAAACGUACAACCUGGAUGGCACUGACAGAACGCACCUGAACGAUGCUGGGGAGGUGGUUUUCGGAAACAUGGUUGCGUGGCUGCUCGACAACAGCGACGAAGGGGAAACUUUGAGCCAGUAUACGGUGGCAGGUGAUGCUUACGCGGAGGCUUUUGAGAGUGGAACUUACAUCGCGGAGUAA